AUCGUUCUACGCAUGUGCACACGAUGAGGCGCGGGCCCAGGCGAAGUGGGCGCGCACAAGGGUCUCUCGCUGCCCGUCCUCGGCCGCGGAGCCCCCCUUAACUAAGGUUUCCCUUCCUGCUGUCCCUCGUUCGCCGCUGCGCUGUACUAGUCUCGCCCCGCCCCGUCCACUACUCACCGCCGUCUGACCGUUUUCCUACAAACCACGCGAGACUUUCAGUGGGCCAAUCGAAAAGCCGCUGCCACCCAAGGGCGGGGCUAGAGAGGGCGGGGCUCGGAAGGCUCGGUCACCUGACGGCGGGCGGCUCCGGCGGGGUAGAGCGCUGCUGCUUGUGGGUCCCCGGAGUCGCCAUGCCUACAACACAGCAGUCACCCCAGGAUGAGCAGGAAAAACUCUUGGAUGAAGCCAUCCAGGCUGUGAAGGUUCAAUCAUUCCAGAUGAAAAGAUGCCUGGACAAAAACAAGCUGAUGGAUGCUCUGAAACAUGCUUCUAAUAUGCUUGGGGAACUCCGGACUUCUAUGCUGUCACCAAAGAGUUACUAUGAACUUUAUAUGGCUAUUUCUGAUGAACUGCACUACUUGGAGGUCUACCUGACUGAUGAAUUUGCUAAAGGAAGAAAGGUGGCAGAUCUCUAUGAACUUGUACAGUAUGCUGGAAACAUUAUUCCAAGGCUUUAUCUCUUGAUCACAGUUGGAGUUGUAUAUGUCAAAUCAUUUCCUCAAUCCAGGAAAGAUAUUUUGAAAGAUUUGGUAGAAAUGUGCCGUGGUGUGCAGCAUCCGCUAAGGGGUUUGUUUCUUCGAAAUUACCUUCUUCAGUGUACUAGGAACAUUCUACCUGAUGAAGGAGAGCCAACAGAUGAAGAAACAACCGGUGAUAUCAGUGAUUCCAUGGAUUUUGUACUACUCAACUUUGCAGAAAUGAAUAAGCUCUGGGUGCGGAUGCAGCAUCAAGGACAUAGUCGAGAUAGAGAGAAAAGAGAACGAGAGAGACAAGAACUGAGAAUUUUAGUGGGAACAAAUUUGGUGCGCCUUAGUCAGUUGGAAGGUGUAAAUGUGGAACGUUACAAACAGAUUGUUUUAACAGGCAUUUUGGAGCAAGUUGUAAAUUGUAGAGAUGCUUUGGCUCAGGAGUAUCUCAUGGAGUGUAUCAUUCAGGUUUUUCCUGAUGAGUUUCAUCUCCAGACUUUGAAUCCUUUUCUUAGAGCUUGUGCUGAAUUACACCAAAAUGUAAAUGUGAAAAACAUAAUCAUUGCUUUAAUUGACAGAUUAGCUUUAUUUGCUCAUCGUGAAGAUGGACCCGGAAUUCCAGCUGAGAUUAAACUUUUUGACAUAUUUUCACAACAGGUGGCUACAGUGAUACAGUCCAGACAAGAUAUGCCAUCAGAGGAUGUUGUAUCUUUACAAGUCUCUCUCAUUAAUCUUGCUAUGAAAUGUUACCCUGAUCGUGUGGACUAUGUUGAUAAAGUUCUAGAAACAACAGUGGAGAUAUUCAAUAAGCUUAACCUUGAACAUAUUGCUACCAGUAGUGCAGUUUCAAAGGAGCUUACCAGACUUUUGAAGAUACCUGUUGAUACUUACAACAAUAUCUUAACAGUCUUAAAGUUAAAGCAUUUCCACCCACUUUUUGAGUACUUUGACUACGAGUCCAGAAAGAGCAUGAGCUGUUAUGUGCUUAGUAAUGUUCUGGAUUAUAACACAGAAAUCGUCUCUCAGGACCAGGUAGAUUCCAUAAUGAGUCUGGUGUCCACACUGAUUCAGGAUCAGCCGGACCAACCUGUGGAAGACCCUGAUCCAGAAGACUUUGCUGAUGAGCAGAGCCUUGUCGGCCGAUUUAUUCAUCUUCUACGUUCUGAUGAUCCUGAUCAGCAGUACUUGAUUUUGAAUACGGCACGAAAACAUUUUGGGGCUGGUGGAAAUCAGCGGAUUCGCUUCACACUGCCACCUUUGGUAUUUGCAGCUUACCAGUUGGCUUUUCGAUAUAAAGAGAAUUCUCAAAUGGAUGACAAGUGGGAAAAGAAAUGCCAGAAGAUUUUUUCAUUUGCUCACCAGACUAUUAGUGCUUUGAUUAAAGCAGAGCUGGCUGAAUUGCCACUGAGACUUUUUCUUCAAGGAGCAUUAGCAGCUGGAGAAAUUGGCUUUGAAAAUCAUGAAACAGUAGCAUAUGAAUUUAUGUCCCAGGCAUUUUCUCUAUAUGAAGAUGAAAUCAGUGAUUCUAAAGCACAGCUGGCUGCUAUCACCUUGAUCAUUGGUACUUUUGAGAGGAUGAAAUGCUUCAGUGAAGAGAAUCAUGAGCCCUUGAGAACUCAGUGUGCACUUGCUGCAUCAAAACUUCUGAAAAAACCAGAUCAAGGCCGAGCCGUGAGCACAUGUGCACAUCUCUUUUGGUCUGGCCGAAACACAGACAAAAAUGGGGAAGAGCUUCAUGGAGGUAAAAGGGUCAUGGAGUGCCUAAAGAAGGCGCUAAAAAUAGCAAAUCAGUGCAUGGAUCCCUCACUACAAGUUCAGCUCUUUAUAGAGAUUCUGAACAGGUACAUCUAUUUCUAUGAAAAAGAAAAUGAUGCGGUAACAAUUCAAGUCUUGAACCAACUUAUUCAAAAGAUUCGAGAAGAUCUCCCAAAUCUUGAGUCCAGUGAAGAAACAGAGCAAAUCAACAAGCAUUUUCACAACACACUGGAGCACUUGCGCUCAAGACGCGAAUCACCAGAGUCCGAGGGGCCAAUCUAUGAGGGUCUCGUCCUUUAGAAGAAGACAGCUCAGCGUACUCCUUUCUGCACAUCAGAAAGGGCUUAACUAGGCCUCCCCUCCAUAGACUGUGCCUUUCAGAAAUGCUGAGGUAGGUUUCCCAUUCCUCACCUGUGACGUGUUUACCCAGCACCUCCAGACACCUUCAGGACCUUAACUCACUUCAUAAUUGUUUAAGUCUGUCUGAUCACCCACAUAGCAUGACUGAUCUGCUCUUUAAACUUCUGUGAUCCGUGAAAAUUGAAAGCAAAAUCCACUUAUUCUGGCUACUAAUAGAGCUCUCCUUUCUUAUUUUUAUUUUGAUGCAUUGUUGAUUAUUUUCUUCAUUAAUGGGGAAUACUAACCCAAACAUACUUGUUUCUUUGUUCUCUGGUCCUAUCUGAGGUUACUUUAGAGGACAGGAGUACUGUGUGUGAAAUUCAGCUUGGGCUUUCCCUGAAUGCAAGAUAAAGCCUAUGUGUAAUAUAUUCCCUACAACUAGAAUAUAUUAAUGCAUGUUGAUGAAUUUUAAAGCACCAUGGUCAGAAGCAGAAGCUAUAUUUUGCAUAUUUGGACUCAGCUAUCCAUUAAGAACUAUGCCAUCAUCUGGAAACAUCAAAGUAAUUUGAUUCUAUAAAAUAGAAAUUUUGUGACUUAAUGUAAUUUAUGUAUAACCUCCACUAUUGUAAAUUUAUGUGAAAUGCAUCACAACUACAACUUUUUCAUCAGUGAAAUAAUAAAGUUGCUGUUAACAAUUUUG